AUGGAGCAGUACGGAGCGUGCUCGAGAAACAGUGCUUGUGGUUGUUUACAUCAUUUCUAUUCCAAUAGUCUUGGUUUAUGUGGAUUUGUUCACGAUACAUGUUCUGAUUUUGUACCGUGCGGACCUCCGCUUCACUCAUGCAAUGACACCAAAUCCGUUUGCCUAAGUCACCCGCGCUGCCAUAACCUUCCAAUUUGCUACCCAGUGCUGUUGACUGCCUCAGAAAUCUGCCCACCUGUGACAUCACAGUUAGCAACAACAAGUCCUUCAACAGAAAUUGCCGCGGCUAUGACCACAACAGCUAUGUCCACAAAAGACUGUCCUACAGUGUCAGGCAAACUUUUGGGUAAUUUCAUCCAAUCUCAUAAUUAUAAACAUAUCGAAAUCACACUUUCUUCUGCGAAAUUCGACGGAAGGAGUUAUCCACUUACCUGGUUAGAAAGUCAUGCUUUCUAUUUUACGUUCGAAAAACGCUUUUGGUAUUACAUUCGUAAUGGACGUACCUACGAAGUCAUUUUACACGAUCAUGCUUAUCACAUAUUAAAUCCAAUCAGUUAG